AUGAACAGACUGCCGCCGACAAACAGCCCUUCCGAGACACGACAGCAGGCAUAUGACCCUUCGCAGAUAGGGUCGCAGACAAACACCUCUUCGCAGCCAGAACCGCAGGCGAACAGCUCUUCACAGACAGGACCACAGACAAACAGCCCGUCAUGGACAGAACGGCAGAUGAACGACCCUUCACAGCUAGGGCCGCAGACAAACAGCUCUUCACAGAUGGGGCCGCAGGCAUACAGCCCUUCAUGGACAAGCAUGCAGAUCAACAACCCAUCACGGACAGGACUGCAGAUCAACAACCCUUCCCUGCUAGGGGCGCAGGCAUACAGCCCGUCAUGGACAGGACUGCAGAUGAACAACACAUCAUGGACAGGACCACCGGCGUUUCCAUCACAGAGAGGACAUCCUGCACAAAGAGGACUGCCGGCGUUUCCUGCACAGACAGGACUGCAGGCAUAUAGCCCUUCAUGGACAAGACCGUCGGCGUUUCCUUCACAGACAGGACUGCCGUCAUACAGCACUUCAUGGGCACGAAUGCAGAUAAACAACCCUUCACAGACAGGACUGCCUCCGCCCUCACCUCGACAUACAGGACUGCAGGCGUACCCUCCGCAGAGAAGACUGUCAGCGAUGUCACCUCAACAGACAGGACUGCAGACAAACAGUCCUCCACGGACAACACUGCAGGCAAGCCCUCUGCCGCCAACACCCCCUUCACAGACAAGACCGCAGGCAAAAAACCCUUCACGGACAAGACAGCAAGGGACCACAACGUCAUCACGCGCACCACGUAGCCGCCCGACGGUCCCUCGCUCCGAUCCACAUCAGGAUGUACCAGCAGACUUUCAAUUUCCAACGGCGGCCACCAGGAUUGGCUCGGGACUCAACUCCGGGAGGAAUCUCUUAGUGAUCAGACAAGGUACCUCUCAGCCUGUGACCAGGGUGCCCCUGAUCAUUGAGCGCGGCCGAAAUGACCGCCAUCGAGGAGGCCAUUACCCUCAUCAAGACACUCCACUGCCGGCAGGCCUGACCCUUGAACAAAUCAUUCGUUCCUACCCAAGGCACGCCUGGGGCACCAUGCUCAGAGUCUUUCUUGCAGAAGGGUGGCCGGCAGACCGCAUUUGGCGCCUCAUGCCCGAAGACAUGAGGAACACCAAAAGCGCCGCCCGACCCUGGAAUUAUAUCCAGGCGGCCAUGGGUCGAGAGAUCGACCGCAUGGCCUUCGAAGACACCGGUGUGCACCGGGUACCCCCAAAGAGGGAAAGGACAUCCAAGGACAAUGACUCGGGAGAGGAUCAGUCAGAUGCAGAGGCUGUUCCUGAAGCAACAGAGAGCACCACACCGUCACCAUCAGCUCAGGGUGGCCAGCCCGUCCUCACGGCGGCCGACUUGACCUUCCCACACCUACAGGAGAUAGCAAGGAUCACACAUGCAGAAACCAUGGAGGUCCGGGAGAUCAUCCGUAGUUAUGGUCCCCGCGGAGAGACAGCCUUUUUGGAAUGGAGGCAAAUGAGACGAGAUUGGGCCAGGCGUAUCAGACACGCAUAUGCGACCGAUACUGGGCUGGAAAUGGCAACCAACAACCCAGUACAGAUGCUGGGGCUACUCUGGCGCAGCCAGAACCCGGCUCGUCAAGGGGAGUCUGCGGAGGCCUACCGGGCCAGGGCAAACCUGCAUAUUUGGGGCAUGUGGACGCGCGAAUCGCAAAGGUUCCUCAAGGAACUGAAAAGUAAGCUGGCCGGUCUUGAAGGGAAGGAGGAGGAGAACCAGGGGGAGAAACAGGAGAACCAGGAGGAGAACAAGGAGGAGGACGAGGGGGACGUCGACGACGACGACGAGUGA